ACCUGCCCAAAGGGUGUGUUUUUGGAGGGGUACGUAGUACUUGCUCUGCAUCACGCACUGCAGGAACGGGAAACGAACUCGUUGUGUAUGUGUGUGUGUGUGUUUGUGUGUGAAAAGCAGUCUUUGCGGAGCGCCGAAGAGCCGUGAAUAGAGCACCGACAUCCGCAGUUCGAGCGACUCUUCUCGUCGUGCGCACCGGGACCAGACGCAACAGGUUCGGGUGUUAUCAGAAGAACAAGCGAGCGAGAUGCGGAAACCGUGAUUGGAGGACUCUCUGUAUCGAUGAGGAGUGUGUUGGAGUUGUCAUUGAGUAUCUUUUUCACUGGGCUGGUGAUGAUGAUGAUGAUGGAGGAAGAAAAUGAACAUCAGCUGUACCUUAUAGUGUAGGCUAACGCAUCAAGGGAAUCUUCUCACACCAGAUAUUUGAGUUGAGUUUAUACACCCGCACAUAGUUCCUGCACUCACCUGUCUGUAUUUCCUGGUUCGCUGUCUUCACCUGGAGAGGGUGCGCUGCUUCACUCAAGCCAGGAAGUAGGAAACCCAAGAUGCUUCUCGAGUCAAGUCAGUCCGACGUCAGAAAAUGAUCCAGGAAUUAACCAGUAGAUUAAAACUAAACUUCCCCGCUCAGAUAAUACCGCGUUACUCGUGUUUCCGGAGAGGCUCGGUUCCUCUCAUCUUCUGAAGCAUGGAGCUCAAGAUGUUCAUCCUCGUCUUGGGGCUCCUGGUGGGCAGUCUGAUGCCCCUCGGAGGGGCCUCCGGGUCUCCAGGCUCGGGCACCGGUCAGGACGAAUGCAAAAAGAAUAACGGGGACGAGAAGAACGGGAACAAAACCACUAAGAAGUCCUUCCCGGUUCUGACUUUAGAUUAUAAAAAAGUCCGGCUCCCCUUUGAGAUUUCAUUAUGGGUUCUGCUGGCUUCACUGAUGAAACUGGGGUUCCACCUGAUGCCUCGCUUGUCCUCCAUCGUGCCGGAGAGCUGUCUGCUGAUCUUGGUGGGCCUGCUGGUCGGCGGUCUCAUCAAGCUUGUAGGCGAGGCCCCUCCGGUGCUGAAGUCCGAGAUCUUCUUCUUCUACCUGCUGCCUCCCAUCAUCCUCGACGCCGGCUACUUCCUGCCCAUACGGCAAUUCACUGAGAACCUGGGCACUAUUCUCAUGUUUGCAGUGGUGGGAACGCUCUGGAAUGCCUUCUUCGUUGGUGGUCUGCUGUACGGCGUUUGCCAGCUCGAGGGCACUAAUCUGGCGAGCGUCAACCUCCUGUCGUGCCUGCUGUUCGGCUCCGUCAUCUCAGCCGUGGACCCCGUGGCUGUUCUGGCUGUGUUCGAGGAGAUCCACAUUAACGAGCUGCUCCACAUCCUGGUGUUCGGAGAGUCGUUACUUAAUGACGCCGUCACUGUGGUGCUCUAUCAUCUCUUUGAGGAGUUCACCAAUGCGGGUACGAUCACGGUCACCGAUGGGUUUCUGGGUAUCGUGUGUUUUCUGGUGGGCUUGUGUGGGCGGUCGGUACGUGGUGCCAGCGAAUCUACGGCAUGCAUCCUGGCGGCCUUCACGUCCCGCUUCACCUCGCACACGCGUGUCAUCGAGCCUCUGUUCGUCUUCGUCUACAGCUACAUGGCUUACCUGUCGGCGGAGGUGUUUCAUCUGUCCGGCAUCAUGGCGCUAAUCGCGUGUGGUGCCGUCAUGCGUCCCUACGUGGAGGCCAACAUUUCCCAUAAAUCCCACACCACCAUCAAGUACUUCCUGAAGAUGUUGAGCAGGGCACAAGUGAGCGACACGCUCAUCUUCAUCUUCCUGGGAGUGUCGACGGUGGCCGGGCCGCACGAGUGGAACUGGAUCUUCGUGGUGGCGACCCUCGUUUUCUGCCUGGUGGCGCGUGUUCUGGGUGUCAUCGGCUUGACCUUCGUGAUCAACAAGUUCCGUAUCGUCAAGCUCACCUCUAAGGACCAGUUUAUCAUCGCUUACGGCGGACUGAGAGGAGCGAUCGCCUUCUCCCUGGUCUACCUGCUGAACCCUGAUCAUUUCCCCAAGAGAAACAUGUUCCUCACCGCCAUCAUCACUGUCAUCUUCUUCACGGUGUUUGUGCAGGGCAUGACCAUUCGUCCUCUGGUGGACCUCCUGGCGGUGAAGAAGAAACAGGAAACGAAGCGAUCUAUUAACGAGGAGAUUCACACACAGUUUUUGGACCAUCUGCUAACCGGCAUCGAGGACAUCUGCGGACAUUACGGACAUCAUCACUGGAAGGACAAGCUGAACCGGUUCAAUAAGAAGUACGUGAAGAAGUGCCUGAUAGCGGGCGAGCGCUCCAAAGAACCGCAGCUGAUCGCCUUCUACCACAAGAUGGAGAUGAAGCAGGCCAUUGAGCUGGUGGAGAGCGGCGGAGGAUCCAAGCUGCCCUCCGCCAUGCCGUCCACCGUCUCCAUGCAGAAUAUCCAGCCCAAGAAGCCUCUUCAGGACCGGGCGCUGCCGCAGCUCUCCAAGGCUCGUGAGGAGGAGAUCAGGAAGAUCCUGCGCACCAACCUGCAGAGGACCCGGCAGAGACUGCGCUCGUACAACAGACACACGCUGAUCGCUGAUCCGUUUGAGGACGGCUUGGACGAGAUCCUCAUCAAACGGAAGAAAAUGAAGGAGCUGGAAAAGAAGAUAUCGCAGAUGAACAAUUACCUCACUGUUCCCGCUCCACCAGCUGAUUCACCGUCCGUCGCUCGAGCUCGACUGGCUUCAGACCCUCAAGCAUGGGGCCUCAAGUCCGUCACAGAAAUCCCCACCAUUAAAGUGGAGCUCGUCUCACCGCAGAACCCAGAGUCCGUCAAAGUGGUGGACGAGUUCAGCAAGAAGGGAAGCCAGCCGAAGGGGAGCGAGGAGGAAGGCGGCCUGACCAUGAGAGUCCCCUCUUCAGAGAAGCAGAGGAAGGACAAAACUCCUGACGAGGAGCCGCAGCCACGGUUUAUGCGCUGUCUGAGUGACCCGGGCCCCGCCGCCGAAGAGGAAGACGAGGACGAGCCCUUCCUCCCCUGAGAGAGCAGCCGUCUGUCGUAAGGAGGAUGAACGAGCUCGUCGUCCUGUAUCUGCAGUCCUCAUGGAGGAUCAUUAACUGCUGUAACACGAGGACAGAUAUAUAAUCUGUAGCAAGCCAAAACGAGAACGCCAAGAAAGUCAACCAAAAUAAAGGAAAUGAAAGGGAGCGAUCAAAAUAAGCCAUUUUUUUUUUUUGCUUGUCAUUGUUGUUAUCAUGUGAAGCCUAUCAACUGUCCUUACCAGGCAAGAUGUGACUCAAAACCUAAGCGAUGAGGGAUUGAGCUCCAUCAGGUUUAUUAUUUCUGGUCACAUCAUGUCCGGUUCGGAAGCGAAUGUUACCAGCGUUUGCUAUGGAAUAAUAAUAUUCCACACGAGGGGAACAGAUCUAUGCAUAACCAAACGGUCGCACUGUUCAGUCUAUUCAGGUGAAACACUUCUCUUGUUGUUUUCAUAGCAUUGAUGCAUUUUCUAGUUCAUGAUGCUUUUGUAUUCAUCCACAUGAAUUGCCUAUGUUUUUGUGACUCGUGCAUCACUAGUUGUGUUUUACCUCUAGGGGAAUGAGACUCGUUUAUCAGGAGCAAUAUGAAAUUGGUUACAUUAUGGCCUUUCUUAUAUUUAUUAUACUGUACAGAUGGUGCGUGUCUACACUGGCUUGUUAUUUCAUCCCACACAUAGAGGACCAUUCAUGUCAUGCUGUAUUUGCAGUGCACAUAACGAACCUGAGAAACAACUAUUUACUUAUUGUGAUUGCACAAGAAAUUUACACAUGUAAAGACUUUAUUUUAUACCAAAAACAUUGAUUGACCAGUUUGAUUGGUUGUGGUUGUGUUUCCUGUUGUCUUUGCUUGUACUUUAUAUCAAAGAACAUUUAGGUCUAAUAGUCUUCGGUUCCCUUUAAAUGCACUCAAGCGCUUUGGUGACCGGUCAUGACCACUCUGAAAAACAUCUGGACUGACGAGUCAAUAAACCUUGGUUUAAAGGGAUAGUUCAUGCAGAAAUGAGAGAAUUCUGUCAUUUUUUCACUCACCUUCAUUUCAUUCCAAACCCAUAUGGAUUUUUUUUCCAUGGAAAAACAAAUGUUGAUCUUUGCACAGCUCUUUUCCAUAAAAUUCCAUUGUGACCCCAAAAAGCAUCAUAAAAGUAUCCAAACUGUCAUCUGUAUGAUUUUGUACAUUAUAUUCCUAUUCUUCUGAAGUCAUACAAUUAUAGAAGCCCAUUUCUGCCACAAAAAGUCAAGGUAGAUUAUAAUUGCAGCAUAGAACCUCUAAAUAUGAGAUACUAAAUCAUAAUUGUGAGGGCUGUCAUAAUUAUGACAUAGUACCUCAUGUUUUGACUAUUUAAGCCAUAAUUAUGAGUAAAGUCAAAAUUAUGACCAAAUCGAAAUUAUGAGAUAAAAAGUCAUGAUCGUGACAGUCAAAAUAUGAGAUACUAAUGAAUAAUUAUGAGAUUAAAAGAUAAUCAUGACAUAAAAACCAAAAUGUAAGGUACUGUAGCAAGUCAUAAUUAUGACACAGUAGAUGAUAAGUAUGGAAAUAACGAGAAAGUCAUAAAUUGGCAGUCAAAAUGAGAUGAGUCAUUAUGAGAUAACGAGCCAUAAUUGACAUAAACAAUCAAAAUAUGAGAUACUAAGUCAGAAUUAUGACAUACUAAGACAACUUCAUGAUAAAAAAAACUAUUACAAAGUCAAAAUUAUGAGAUACAAAGUCGAAAAUGACCAAAUUGAAAAUAUGAGAUAAAAAAAGUAAAAAUUGACAGUCAAAUUUGAACUACUAAGUAUAAAUUAUUACAUAAUUAGGUGAAAUUAUGGCACAUAAAGUCAAAAAUAAAUUAUGGCAUGCAGAAAGUCUUAAUUAUGAAAUUAGGACAAAAGUUGAAAAUUAUGAGAUAAAGUCCAAAUUUAUAUACAAAGUUGAAAUUAUGAUAUAAAAGUGAUAAUUGUGAGAUAGUAAGGCAUUAUGUGCCAUAAUUAUUAUUUUUGUGGCUUUCUAUCUCAUAACUUUGAGGUUGGGCAUAAUUAUGACUUACAAAAGCAUGCUUUCCCCCCUCAUUUGUCAGAAAUGGGUUUCUCAAGUAAAGACCUGAAGGUGAAUAAAUGAAAACGUAGCCCCCUUUUUUUUGGCUGAAUUAUUCCUUUAAUACCUGCAGAUUAACCCUUUCACCACGUAGCUCUGCUUUCACACACGCACAAACACACAUAAUUUUACUGCCAGUGUGAUGGAAACAUGAGUUCAUGUUCGGAAAUGUUGAUUUGUGCUGCAUGACCACCAAAAAGUGUGAUUGUAUCCCGAAAGAACUAUGCAGAGUCUGGAGUAUCAAUUAUAUGAAUUAUUCCCUUUAAAGCCUUUGCACCUCGAGUAUCAGAACCCUGGCCUUUGAUCCUCCUGCAGCCAGAGGAGACUCAGACAUUAAGAUCCUGCUCUGGAGGUGCAUCUGAAAAAUAUAAUAUAUCAAAAUCAGAAAGUCUUUUGCAUGCACAGAGAGUAGAUUAGUCUUUUUUUAAAUAUGAGAUGUGGUGAAAUCAGAUUUAUAUAUUUUACAUAUGUGAACUCUAAAGGUCCAUAGAUGUCUGUAUUCUGCUGUGAAGUGUUACAGUGCUAACUCACCAGUUAUUUAGCAUUUUACUUUUGCCUUUGAGAAGAGAGGACGUCUUCUCUCCUGCCUUUCUCAUCAGAUUCGUCACAGCCUUAGCUGAAGUUUCAUGCACUUGAGCGGGUUUCUGCUGGUUUUGGGAGUUUAGUCAGACUUGCGGGUUUGUGCAUGAGCUGGUUUUCGUAUCACCUGUCCUGUUGUGUCUGACGAAUGUUCACAGCCGUCAGUAUGCGAUGUAAACGCAGAGCAGAGGACAGCGUUGCAGUGAGAUGCCUUGAUGUCAGGUUUUGAUG